GAGAUGCCACUGGACAUGGCCCCCAACGCCUUCGAUGACCAGUACCGGGGCUGCCGGGACAGAAUGUUUAGGAAGCUGCCGGAGCUCAACCGCUCCGAGUUUGUCCCCAACAGCGAGUUCACCAAGAUCUGGGCCAAGGCCACUGCCGAGUGGCAGAGAAGGAAUGACAGGAAAUCUCUGAGUUGGAAGGAACAGGCCAUUGCCCUCCUGGCAUACACGAUGGAGUCAGAUUUGUACAGGGACUUCAACAGGGCUGUGCCCAAGGCCGGGCGCUCCCGCCAGGAAUACCUGCACAACUUCCCCUUCAAGAUGAUGCAUUUCCUGCUGACCACGGCCCUGCAGGACCUGUGGGAUGCCCCGAGCCACCCCCGCUGCCUGCACGUGUUCCGGGGGGUCCGAGGGAUCCGCUUCACUGCCGAGCCCGGAGACAUCGUCCGCUUUGGCCAGUUCACCUCCUCCUCCCUGAGCAAAAAGGAGGCCAAGAAGUUCGGCACUGACACCUUCUUCGAGCUGGACACCUGCCACGGCGCCAAAAUCGAGGACUUCUCUGUCAUGCCCUGGGAGGAGGAAGUCCUCAUCCCACCCUUCGAGACCUUUCGUGUCACCCACCGAGAGGAUGAAAACCACAUCCAGCUCAGCCCCCUGGGCAAACACAGCAACUACAGCUGUGCCUUCUUCUCAGGUGACAUCCCUGGGGUGGGGACACCCGUGGAGGGCUGUGGGGACAGGUCGGGGGUGGCACCGCUCUGCUGGGACAGGGGGGUCAGUGGUGGGGCAGGGGAUGGGUGGUGGGGCUUUGGGCAUCACACAGCUCCAGCUGCUCUCCUGGGAUGGGAUGGGAUGGGAUGGGAUGGG